AUUUUUAUAUUUAUUUUAUGUGAUAUUUGUGUCAAUGCUUUGCAAUCAAACAAUAUCCUCAAUAUUUGGCAUAAUAUUUAUAAAACACGAGACGCUAUCACUUUCCGCAUCGAUAGCAACGAUUUUAGUUGAUAUGAAUGAAUUGAUGAGGUUUUUCAGUGAUAUUUCAUAUAUUAAAUACACAUUCAAUUCAAUAUUGAUAUUAAUAUAUGGAUUCAAACGAUGUAAAACUGAAAGUCUAUCCGAAAAACAAUCGGAACUUAAAAAUUGUGAUAAAAAUUUAGAAAUUUUUAUUAAUGUAAAUAAAGAGAUAAUUAAUAAUGAAUUAAAUAAAGAUCAUAAACUGCUAGUAAUUUGUUGGAUUAAUCUAUCAGUAAAUAUCAAAUCUGGAAAAUCAAACAAAACUGAUUCCAUAAAUAUUUUGAAUAACAUUAGCGGAGGGUUUGAAAUGAAAAGUUUGAAUGCAUUGAUGGGUCCGUCAGGUGUGGGAAAGACAACACUUUUAAAGUGUUUGAACGGAGAAUAUAAUCAAUAUAUGAGCGAUGAAUCGAAAAUGUAUUCAAAAUUUACAAAUAGUGGCAAAAAUUGUUUUGUCGCUCAAAACAUUAGUGAACAUCUUUGGAGUGGAUUAACAGUAAAACAAUCACUACUUUAUGCCUCAAAACUAAAGAAUUCAAGAUAUGGUCAACAUUUAGAUCAUAACGAGAUUAUCGAGAACUUGAUGUCUGAGCUGUUGAUCAGUGAUAUCAUUGACAAUAGGGUUGAUAUGUGUAGUGGAGGCGAACGGAAACGUAUAGCUAUUGCUUGUGAACUGACGGCUCAAAAAAGACCUGAUAUGCUAUGUAUUGACGAACCGACGAGUGGUUUGGAUAGUUGUGCGGCAAUUAAUGUAAUUCAAUGUCUUAAAUAUCUAUCAAAUAUUCAUGACAUGACAAUUAUAGUAAGCAUUCAUCAGCCAAACAAUGAAUUGUUUCAUAUGUUUGAUAACAUCUAUGUUUUGGCCAAAGGAGGCGUUUGNGUUUUGGCCAAAGGAGGCGUUUGUGUGUUUGCCGACCGACCGAAACACUUAAAGCAAACCCUUAUUAAUAAUGACAUUAAAUGCGAUGAAAAUCAGAUUCCAAUCGAAAAAUCGCUUCGGAGGGGAAAAGUGAUGCAAUUAUUGGACAAUUAUGUGAACAACAGU